GAGGGCGAGCCCGAGCUCUGAGUCACCGGCGGCCCGGCCCAAGGACAGCCCCGUGGUCCAACUGAAGCGGCGGCGAUGGGCGUCUGGGAUUCCAUCCUCCCCGCCGCCGGCCGGCGCUUCAUCAAGCGCAAGGACAGCGACGCCGGCGAGGCAGGUAGGGCACUAGAGGAACUGAGAGGCUCACUGUAUAAUGACUUCCAUACUCCGGAAGGGGCCAAGCGCCAGCAGCAGAGGCUUUGUGGCCCUAUCAUUGCGCUGACGUUCAACUUUGUGGUUGCCGUUGGGAUCAUCAUGGCAAACAAAAUGGUGAUGGGCACUGUUGGAUUUAACUUCCCAGUUGCACUGUCGUUAAUUCAUUACCUUUUUGCUUGGGCUCUAAUGGCUGUCCUCAAGGCAUUAUACUUGCUGCCAAUUGCUCCUCCUUUGAAAUCCACUCCUUUCUCCUCAUUAUUUGCUUUGGGUGCUGUCAUGUCUUUCUCCACUGGGCUUGCCAAUAUCAGCUUAAAGCAUAAUAGUGUAGGUUUCUAUCAGAUGGCUAAGAUAGCUGUAACUCCAACAAUAGUUGUAGCAGAAUUUAUUAUUUUCCAGAAAAAGGUUUCUCUUCAAAAGGUUAUCAUGCUGGUUGUUGUCUCAUUUGGUGUGGCUAUUGCGACUGUUACUGAUUUGGAGUUCAAUUUUUUUGGUGCUUGUGUAGCACUAGCUUGGAUUAUUCCUAGCGCUGUGAACAAAAUCUUGUGGUCAAAUUUACAGCAGAUUGGAAAUUGGACAGCUCUUGCGUUAAUGUGGAAGACAACCCCAAUUACCAUAUUUUUCUUUAUUGUUUUGAUGCCAUUGCUGGAUCCUCCAGGCCUUUUGUCUUUCAAUUGGGAUUUUAAGAACAGCAGUGCAAUUAUUAUAUCUGCUUUGUUUGGUUUUCUUCUUCAGUGGUCUGGUGCUUUGGCACUCGGUGCAACCUCGGCUCUCGCUCAUGUUGUGCUAGGUCAAUUCAAGACAAUUGUUAUUAUGCUCUCUGGUUAUCUGGUAUUUAACUCUGAUCCUGGAUUCACCAGCCUCUGCGGAGCUGUCAUUGCCCUUGCUGGGAUGUCAGUGUAUACUUACCUAGGGAUGAAAGGGUCAGGCACCAGUGGUAGGAGAAAUUCCUUAAAUUCACGGCAAAAUUCUCAUUUUCUGAAGUCCAAGGUUAUUACAGAUGGAGAAAAGCAGGAAACAAAGACUGUCGAUUCUGUGUGGAGAAAUGUCAUGAUUAAGAAAAAGAAGAUAUGUGGCCAAAGAAAAUGUACAACCAGCAAGGUAAAGCAACCACAGACUCAGACGUACAACCAGCAAGGUAAAGCAACCACAGACUCAGACCGUGAGAAAUCUCCCAUCUGCAGCAGUCUCUAGAAUUACUGAAUUACAUGGACUGGGCAAUGGGCUAAGUAGCAAAGCACCAUGAUGAAGUAUGCCCAAUUCUUAUAACCAAUGGUCUAUGAAAAGUUUACAACACCUCAACCUUGGCACAAGUAUACUUAAAAAAACUUAACACAAAUAGGAAAGGCGAAUCUUGUUUAAAAUACAAAUGCACAGUCAGAGACAGUUCUCAUGGCUCCUCAGAAGAUGGAUGAUGAUUUGGAAGUUCAGUUUCGAUGAGUGCCCACAUCUUCUUCAGACAUGGAAUCCACUGUUCUCCAGUCUUCUUCACCAGCCGUGCCAUUUUAUCGAAGGAAAGCAAGAUGUGAACGAUGAUGUACAUAAAAACAGCAAUGACUAGUGGGAAAACAUAUAUAGAAGUCUUCAGUUUCCUGCAGCUGCCUGCAGCAUACGCCCCAAGAAGAGCAAGCAGGUCCAGCACCAUUGCUGUUUUCAUGGGAAGGAGAGAUCUCCUGUACUUGCUUAUCGUGCUAUUCAGCAGCAGGAUGACUAUGACCAUCGAUGCCAUGAAUGCUGUGGCGUUGCAGUAGAAGAAUGCCUUGUACCGUGGUGGAUUAGUAUCAUGGAGGAUUGGGUCGCCGAUGAAAUGCCUGUCCCGGUCAUCAGGCCAAAGUCCUCCUGGUGGGAGCAGCCCAGCUUGGUAUGUGACGCUCACUGCGAGGGUUCCAAUCAGAAUCAGAUCUUUUCGCCAUUUAUGCUCAGGUUUUCGUCUGACCAUGAUGCUUUGCUUGCAAUUAUCGGAUGGAUGUAGACUCUUGAAAGGAGUGGCACAGAGCACCCACUCGAAGAAGUAACUCACUUUAUCUUUUGCAAAGGUUAGCACCAGAACUUGAGCCAUGACAUAGGCAAAUACAAUUGAAACAACGAGAAUAGCAUACACUGAUGUUGAUACUUUCCGGCAGCUUCCAGCCGCAAAAGCACCCAUGAGACUGACCAGAUCAAGUAGCAUGCACCCACGCAGCAAGUAGCCACUGAUUCCCCUUUGGUAUAACCUUUUGCUAACAAGCAACAUGAUCACAGCCAAGGAAGACAUAAAAGCAGUGGAGUUCAGGUAGAAGAAUACAAUGUAACGGUGCGGAAACUCAUCAUGGAACAUUGGAUAACCUGCACGGUGACCAUCGUUGUUGUCAGUCCAGAAACCACCUGGUGGGUUUAUGCCAGCUUGAUAUGUGCAUGAUGCUGCCAGAACUGCAAGCAACACUAGAAACUUGCGCCGCUUCUCCAAAUCUUUCAGUUCGGGGUUAUCAUCCAUUUGCUGAGCUGAUUCGUCAGAGUUUCUUUUGCACACAAACAGCAGAAUGUGAAUUAUAACAUAAGAGAAGGUAAGAAUGACCAAGAUUAUCACAUACAAAGAUGCGGAGAAAGUCCGGCUGCUGGCAGCGGCAUAUGCUCCCAUCAUACCAAACAUGUCAAAGAUCAUGGCUGUUUGAAGCACAUAUCGUUUCAAGGCACCAACAGUGAUCAAGUUGCUCUGGAGUAGGGUGAUUAUGAUCAAAGAUGACACAAAUGCAGUGGCAUUGCAAUAGAAGAAUGUGUUGUACCGCUUCGGACUGAUGGCCUCCAAUAUUGGGUCUCCAGCAUGAUGUCCAUCUUCGUUGUCUAACCAAAACCCGCCGGGUGGAUUUAACCCAGCUUGGUAUGUAAUGGUGGCUGCUAGGAUGCCAAGCAAUAGAAGGUAUGUGCGCAACUUUCUGAUAUCAUCCUUAACAUCACUGACAGUGCUUGUUAUAUCAUGAUCGGAUGGCUGCUGUUGAUCUAAUGCUAAUGGCAUCUCCUGCUCCUUGGUUGUGCUUGUAUUAUCUGUAAGGAAAGAUUUUAGCUUCAGAAUCAGCUUAUUUUUUUCUUCUUUUUGUCCAUUUUAUGCACUUGCUGACAAACUCUGGUCUUGGCACAAUAGGUGCAAUCCACUGGAUGAUGAGGUAUAGUAGGACUGCACCAACAAGGGUGAACACAUAUAUAGAUGUAUGGACUUCCCUGCAGCUCCCUGCAGCAUAAGCACCCAUAAGGCCGAAUAGGCUAAUCAGAACACACAAUCGAAGUGCAUUUGACUCGACAACAUGAUCCACUGCUGUGUUGCUGAGAAGCAUGACAAUAAUGACAAGGGAUCCAGCAAAAGCAGUGUCAUUGCAUGCCAUGAACGCCUUAAAGCGAUGGGGGUAGUAGUCUCUGAGCGCCGGAUCACCAGCGAGGUGGCUAGCACUGCUGUCAGGAAAGAAUCCACCUGGUGGGUUUAGCCCUGCAGCAUAUGUCACUGUCGUUGACAAUGUGGCAAGAACCAGCAACAAGCUGCGUUUCUGCUCCAGUUCAUCCUCUUUUUCUUUGACAGAAGCAACUGGCUCCUCUACUGUGCUCUUAUUUUUGCCGAACAUGUGCGCCAGAUAUUCCUUCCAUGAUCUCUGAACAUCCAUCAAAGUUUGUCGAAGCCAUUCAGAUGCUAGAUGCUGGAAGAACACAACAUGAAGCGCAAUGUAUGUGAAUAUGCCAACAAGCAACACCCAUGUAUACAAGGAUGUUCUGAUUUCCCUUCAGCUCCCUGCAGCAUAGGCUCCCAUAAGCCCGAGCAGGUUGAGCAACAUUGCAAAAUGCUGCGACCGGAGCCAAAUUGCAUUGCGGCUGAGCUCCCUUACUAGAAGCAAGAUCAGAACAAUGAGUGACGCCAUGAAUGCAGUUGAGUUGCAGUAGAAGAAUACAUUAUACCUCUUUGGAUAUGUUGAUCGCAGGACAAUGUCACUGGCACGGUGGCCAUGCUGGUUGUCAAGCCAGAGGCCGCCUGGUGGGGCGAGCCCUGCCUGGUAGGUGAUAAUUGCAGAAAGGAUUGCCAGUAGGAUCAAGUACUUCCGCAGCUUCCACACAAGCUCUGCUUCUUCACGGGUGCUUGGGAUUUGGGCACCUUGUUGCUGUGGUUCUUUCUGACCCGUGGUGCUUUCAACCGCAUGAUCGUUUCCAGGCUGCAGUUCAACCUCCAUGAUCAUAAGCUCAACAAACCAAAGAAAAUCUCUGAGUAGUUAGCACAGAAGACAUUUGCUCUAUUUGUAGGACUGCAACAAUCUCAGUAUAUGCCAAGAUUC